AUGGUUAACGUACUAGCAAAAUGUCAUUGUGGUUAUGUUCGAGACUGGAAUAGCCAACCUCUGCAUGGGCGAAUGCCUUUGGGUAACUUGGUCUUUGCUGCCAGCAUCUUGUUUAGUGGUAGUAGCCCCAGCAAAGUUCUUCAAUUCCUUCGUCACUCAGGCAUACAAUUUCUGUCAGAGCGCACAUAUAGCAAUAUUCAAACAGCGUAUUUGAUACCCAGUGUUUCAAAUGUUUGGCAUAUGAACCAAAAGCAUCUUCUAGAAUCAAUCAGAGAAAGGAACAUUAACCUUGGAGGAGAUGGAAGAUGUGAUUCGCCUGGAUACUGUGCCAAGUAUGGGUCAUAUAGCUGCAUGGAUUUGGAAUCUAACAACAUUUUAGACACACAACUUGUUCAGUCCAAUGAAGUGACGAACUCUGGAGCAAUGGAACUUGAGGGAUUAAAGAGAUGUCUGGCAAAGUUUGAUGAAAGUGGGAUGAAGGUGAAGUCAAUGACCACAGACAGACAUGCUCAAAUCAAAUCCUACAUGUCAAAACAAAGACCAAAAAUCGAGCACUACUUUGAUGUAUGGCAUGUAGCAAAAGGUAUAGAUUGUAAUAACAAACCAACCUUUUACACAUUUCAUCAAUAA